AUGAUGUACGUGCGAGUUGCUUCGCCGUCACAGGAUUUCCCAAUUCAAGCGCAACUAAACUCCCGGCCAAAUGCAUCUGCGGAAAGUCAUAACCCAUCCGAUAACCCAACGAUCGGAUCCAUUGAGAUGCGCGUCCAUCAAGCGUUGACCGACCCCUUCAUCACACUUUGCCAACCGGGACCCAAUUCAUUUGUCCUCGUGCCAAAGGUUCACCGACCCCAUACUGUGACCGCAGACACGAGUCAAGCUGAACCAGUCAAUGACACCAGGCGCCCUCGUUUUCGUGUAGUCAUUGGACCUCAGCUUUGCAGCUGCCAGAAUGAUCCGCCGUAUGAAGAGACUGGUGAUGGGUUUCGUCAACCAGAUGGCUUAACCGCUGCGCCGUGUGUACACGUGUUGUUUGUUAUGCUCAAAGUGCUCAACACUCCCACCGAUGAUGUUUGCUUGAGGCAAAUACCCCUCCCGACAGCCAAAGCUGAAUCCCUCAUUCGCGCCUACUGGAAGUCGAGGACCACUUUGUUAGAGGGACAGAGAACGUUGCAAAACUGCCACUUGUCUUUUGUGCCCAACGUGGACCUUCAGCAACUUUCUUGUGCUCACAAAAUACCGUCGCCCGCAGUUCCGCCUCAAACUUCCCUGUUUAUACCAAAAGCUGUACACCCCUCGCUUCAAGUAAGUAGUUCUGGAUGCGUCAAAACUCCUCAACUGCUCGCUUUAGUCAAUGCGACCGUACGGAACUCUCCGGAUUGCAACGAAUUAUCUGCACUGACCAAAGACAUCAAACCAGCCGCCCGAAGGGAGGUCGAAAGCACCGAGGCAACUGGGAGGGAGGGAAUUGUAACCUCGGUUGCUUUUUCUCCAACUAGUUCUUCCGAAAGCAUUGAGAGUGCACGGUCGCGUGUGUCCAAGUCGACGAGCACAAACAGAUUGAAUGGUUGUGAGUCCACAUCCAGACGGCCGCAAACAGUCCCACAACCGGAACUACCACUGAGGCAAGGAGCGGUGCGAAUCAUUAGACAUGCGUGCUCCACCACAUUCCGUCCGAUCCGGGACUUCAGUCCGUUCGAAGAAAACAGACUGCCAUCUAUCCAGUCGGAGAACACAAGCACAUAUGGCACACUGGCGAAUGACUCGAGAACCGUGCAAGACACAGACACGCGUGUGGUGGCGUCCACAAUGAAGUCGCCGGAACCGGUGUCUUCGUUCAGUCACGUAAACCACAGUCCGUUCAAACCAGUAGGGAUGAGUCACACAUCUGCUGCUCCACCGCAAGCAUCCUUGAUCAGUGGGUUGGACGAUAACUCAAGGGGAACCAGUUGUGCGUUGUGUCUACAGGCCGUCAGCUCGACUACGUGUUUGGACGACUCUCCUGUUCGUUGCCUGUCGACCGAAAACCAGCAACACUGUCGAGCCACCUUCCACUUGAGUUGUUCUCAACUGUGGCUAGAAGAGAUGGCUGCCGAAGGUGAUACUCCACAUUGUCCAGUCUGCAUGAACCGAUGGCUAUCCGUUCCAUUGACCAAAGAGGCGUCUAAGUGUAACGUGACAGCGAAGCAUACGGAUCCGACGGACUGCUGUUUCUGUCAGCGUGAAACGUCGUUUUGCGAGCAGCCACCGUACCCACCAGCUCCCGGACCAGUACGUUGCUCGAUUCCGGUGCUGCGGCGCAAAGACUCGACUCAAGAACAAGCACCCUCGGACGACCGCGUUAAUAAGAGCAUCAUUUCAAAACCCGAGGUCUCUGUGCCUCACUCUAACCCCUCUAGUGCUUUCGAGUCCCAAGCCACUGGCCAAAAUUACAUACCAUAUCCUGAGUACAAAACUUGCGUUGCCGCGUUUUCACUCGAGGUAGCCGACGGGAUCGCCUCGAGGUACUCUGCAACACGCAGACAGGUGGCUCUGCAACGCGCCGCCCAAAUGACAGUUCAUCGCAUCCUGCUGGCCAGACAACGUCAUCAGUACUCCCAAAGCCGUUCGUCUGCAGAUCGCAAUGAUGAAACGGAGGACAAGAGCGCGAUAGCCUCUCGCGCCACUCGAAAUAACAUACAGGGUCAAUCUGUUGCCACGGAACCCGAUUGCCUACGUGUCAUGUUUCGCCUGAUACAGCAUCUUUUGGACGACCCUGUGGAUGCCGUCUUCAUCGACUCGUUGCGUGCCUUUCGCGAGCUGCUUGGAUACUUGGUGUGCUUCAAUGCCGAAACGCAGAUAGCGCUCCAAAGAGCCAUCGGCCCCAUACUGAGAAGGUUGCUACGUUUUGUCGGUGGGCCAAGUGUACUAUGGGCUUUGCGAGACCACACCUCUGGAGUUACGACUUCCUCGGUGACACGUCAGAGUUCCACGACCUCCGCCGAUAAAAGUGCAGACCUAGCCAAAAGCACUCCCGGAACGCCGACUACGUUGGGUCCCACUUCGCUCGAUACAACGACGAAUCCUUCUUGCCGGAGUCCAACUAUAGAACGUGUGUCCCCACCGGAUGCUAAUCUACGUGACCGCGCCAAUCUAGCAUUGGCUACACUGGUAGAAUUAGCCAAGGGUCAGUCCGGUGCGCUUGCAAUAGGGCGAGAUGUGGGUUGUGCAAACCAGUGUAUACCCGUUUGUGGUUUGCAACAUAUGACACGAUUCGUGCUCAGCUCUGCCAAAUUUCAUGCAACGCAUCUGAUCGGCCGACUAACGCUUCUGGACAAGUUGAUACGUAUAGACCAAGGGAUCGGUUGUCAACCCGUGGAAGAUGCCUCGGCGCACCAGUCUCGACGGGACGAUCCGGGAUUUGCCCGACUACUUCAAAAUAAUCAUCCUGCACCUCUUUCUGCAGACCGGUUAGCCAGACGUCACCUUUGCUCUGGGUUGGUUUUUGCUCGUCGGCAUUUGUUACCUCCGGUGCCGAAUUCCGAACAAUCUGUCGGUUCUAUUUCUAAACAGCACCCCACUCUUCGCUUAAAUCCCACACACUGCUCGCCUGGAACAGAGGCCACGGGAAUCGAGGUAACAACCGGUCUCUGUGAAACACAAGUCAACCUUGCUCUGGACAGUUUGUAUAACACCCAACUGAAGGCCAGCAGAGUGGCUCGCCGCGUUUUUCUGACUGCUUCCCGUGCUCUGUUAACCUAUGGGAAUCGUGUGUUUGGCAAUGGAGGGGGACACGGCAACAUUAAUCCACCGGCAGUUUACUCGACUCAUGAAUUUUGUCCACGUGAGUUUGUAGAACUUGAAAUCAACCGGACCGAAGCUCCUUUAGCAGCUUGGCUUAGGAGUAAAUUGGCUCCACUGUUGUAUCCCAAUCUGGUUCUCAACCCGGAGAUUCCACUUAUCCCUAUACGCAUGACAGUCAGCGACGCACCGCAUAUGCUACAAGGAGAUGCAAAUUGUUUGGAAAAAGAUAAAGCGAGACUUCCGGUUUCGCAAACGUUAAGCAGCAUGCCCUCAGCAGUGGAGCUGGUGGAGCCACAGGCAACACCAAACCGAACCAAUUCUAGCUCACCAAAAAGAUCCACCUAUCAGCCUCCUGUGUCCCCAUCAACCGACUUACUUGAGAGACCACCGCUCCCUCCUCCAAGACGAUUUUUACGAUUUGUGCCAAACAAUGACUAUCGUUCGCAAGAUCCCGUAGAGUUGGAUGAGGGUCAAACCGCCGAACCUUCCCAUUUCGUCCGAGUGGCCUUGGAACCAGCAUAUGACCUUGUCGCGUUAUCGGCUUCUGGUAACUACAUCGGUGUCAGCGAAUGUGAAGAUGAGGACGCGGAAGCAGAAAGAGAUAGACAAAUGGAUCGCGCUGAUGAAUUCGAACGAACGAUUCUCUCCGAUGAACCGACCUACGGGGGACGAUCACUUGGAUCUGAAGCAGAGUUACAGACUGAACAAGCGGCCGUCUUACGUUCUGCUUUGCGCCGGAGUUCUCGAUCACUGAAACCCCUAUUGCCAGUUCCCGCUUUGUCAAUUGUAAUGGAUGCGUUUCGCUCAACCAACACACUACCGAGCGCGGAUGAAUAUUACGAGUCCAUUGAUUGGGUCCGUGGACCGAUUCUCGGUCACGGUGCAUUUUCACAAUGCUACCAGGCUCGCGAUACAAGGACUGGUUUAUUGAUGGCGGUGAAGCGUAUUCGUCUUGGUGGAGGAUCUGUACUCCCGAUCCGUGCGAACAAGGCGAAAGCGAAGAAGACGCAUCACACAGACAAGCGCCACAGUCAAUCAGAAGUCGACGUAGAUCAAAAGAAUGCGCACCAGAAUGGGAAAGCUCCCCAAAAAAGCUGUGGCAUUCUGACUGCAGAAGCUACAGCUCAAUUGGCCGAGGUUCAAGCGGAAGUGAACAUAAUGCUCCAGCUGAACCAUCCCAAUGUGUUGCGCCUGUUUGGAGCCGUGUGCUGCUCUCAACGUGGUCUUGUAGACCUGUUUAUCGAAUGGAUGCCUGGUGGAAGUGUGAAUGAUCUCCUGAGACAGUACGGAGCGUUCAAUGAGUCGGUCACGUUGGCCUAUGGCGUUCAAGUCGUACGAGGACUGGCCUAUCUACACAAACACGGGAUCCUUCAUCGGGACCUGAAAGGAGCCAACCUCCUAGUCGACACGUCCGGAAGUGUGGUACGCAUUUCAGACUUCGGCGCAUCCGCCAAACUGAGCGGCGAGAAGAGCAUAGCUGGUCAAUUCCAAGGCCAAGUCAUCGGGACUUUCUCUUUUAUGGCUCCAGAGGUGCUCCGAGGAGAGACAUAUGGCCGCGCGUGUGACAUCUGGUCCGUGGGAUGUUGCCUAAUCGAGAUGUUGACUGGACAGCCACCUUGGCAUGACGCCCAAUUUACCAAUCGAUACGCCCUCAUGUUUGCUGAGCAAUUACAUUCUGGACUGUGCGGUACUCGACAGCUUCCGAGCUGGUUCGUUGGCUCUAUGGAUCCACUCAAGCGCUUCCAGCAUUUCUAG